AUGAUAUUCUGUACAAGGCAGAGACCUCCAAAUCGAAACCCCAGCGGAAACCCGAGAGCCAAACGACCGUGGGAACCAGCGGUAGCGUUCCUCGACUGGUUUUCAGACUCGCAAAGCCGUCGACCAUACCUCACGCAGUUAUGUCUCACGCCGGUAAUAUACUGCAUUGGCGAUUUCUCGGCGCAGAUGAUCGGAGAUGACGAUUUCGACCCCCGCCGCUCCCUACGAAGCAUCGUCGUCGGCCUCGUUAUCGCUAUUCCCAGCCACGAAUGGUUUCUGUUUCUAGGACGACGGUUCAACUACGCUUAUUCUCCGACUAUAUCCCUCUGCGCGAAAGUGGCUGCCAAUCAACUAUUGUAUACUCCGUUGUUCAAUGUGUAUUUCUUUGCCUUCCAUGGGCUUCUCUCCGGGGAGGGACUCAUGGGUGCCGCUGAACGCGUGAGCAAUACUGUGCCGACAAGUAUACCCAGGAGCUUUCUUUACUGGCCUUUUGUCACAGCGUUCAACUUUACCUAUGUACAGCCUCAGUCUCGCUCGGCUGCUACAUCCGUCUUUGCUGUUUUCUGGCAAUCGUACCUGAGUUGGUUGAAUAGUUCGGCGGAAACGGGAGCAGAGAUGCGCAUUGGCAAACCUGCCUCGUCCAAUGCAUGUGCCGUGGGGGAUCUUGAUCGUCGGCUUUUGUUGUUUGAUGAUAACUAG